UGUGUGAGAGAGAGAGAGAGAGAGAGAGAGGAUUAAAGGGGGCAAUUAGGAUUUCAUGGUUUCCUCUAUCAUAGUUCUUGGCUGCAAAUGGUACAGAAGCUAAGGGAUCAUGGAGAUCUUUUUUCCUGCUAGAGAGUAGAUCAUCUUGCGAAUCUCCAUGGCAUAACCUGCAAUUCGAUUCCCUUUAGUGCUUGCUUCUUUUUAUCCUUUAUGUGUAUCUCUUUUCGGCUGAUUCAUUCAGCUACUUGAUACCAGAACUUGGUUGAAAUCAACGAUUUAACCCCCGGGCAAAUCUCCUUUGGCAAAUUUACAUAUUGUGACUUCCAAUCGAACUUAGUUCCUUUUGGGGUCAUUUGGCUAUCUAUACGUAUAGAUUCUUGAAUAUAUAUCUAUCGGGCAAAUCUCCUUUGGCAAUACCAGAAUUUCUGGUGGAAACUUUGAUCCCCAUUUCUGGGCAUCGGGCAAAUCUCCUUUGGCAAAUUAUCUCCAAUUUCUUUGGAAGAUACUAUCACUUACUCAUACCAGUUACUUCCAUAUCACAAGGAUUGGAGUGAUGGAUGUGUUUGUAAGCGAUUUCGAUAGCUACAGCGAGAGCAGUAGCUCCGAUGAUCAAGAAGAUGAUGAGUUUAUGUACGGUGGACAAGCGAGCUGUAUUCUCUUGAAUCUUCAAGAAACCAUCGGGAAAAUCGACGAUUUUCUUUUGUUUGAGCGAAAAUAUGUCCAUGGGGACAUUGUUUGCUUGUUGAAAGAUCCAUAUUCCCAAAUGGGUCGGGUAACAAACGUCGAAAUGGUUGUGGAUUUGGAAAACCUUAAUGAGAAGAAAUUAAAUGAUAUCGACUCCAAAGAACUCCAACGGAUCCGUUCGAUCUCGACGGGUGAUUACGUAGUUUCUGGUCCAUGGGUCGGUAAAGCAGACCAGAUAACGGAUUUCGUGACCGUCUUGUUUGACGAUGGCACGAGAUGUGAAUUUACAAUAACGGGCAUGGAGAAGCUCGUACCGGUAUCUCCAGAUAUGGUCGAUGAUUACCCUUACUAUCCUGGACAACGAGUCAAACUCGCGAACUCGACCAUCUCAAAGUCAACCCAAUGGUUCUGUGGAUCCCGGGAAGUCAAACACGAUGAAGGCACCGUAUGCACUAUUGAUGCGGGGUUGGUCUACGUGACCUGGCUCGGCUGCGCUUUGUUCGGUUCAGAGAGCCAACCGGUGCCACCAUCUUUACAAAGCUCGAAAGACUUGACUCCCAUUUCGUGUUUCACUCAUUCGCAUUGGCAGAUUGGCGAUUGGUGCACCCUACCAAAGAUUCGGCAUUCGGGUGUCCAUAACCAAUCAAGUAAGUCACCGGAAUUUCAAGAAAUCUUUGUGAUUGCGAAGAUAAGAUCGAAAAUUGAUGUUUUGUGGCAAGAUGGAAGUGAAUCAUAUGGGUUAGAUUCGAGUUCUCUUGGUCCGAUUAACACACUUGAUGCUCAUGAUUUUUGGCCUCAUCAGUUGGUUCUUGAGAAAGGAACAUGUGAUGAUCAAAAUGAUCGCAAAUGGGGCGUCGUGAAGGUUGUGGAGUCGAAGGAAAAAACCGUGAAGGUGAAGUGGGAAUCGGAAACCGAAGGGGAAGAUAUGGAGGAAACAGUGAGUGCGUAUGAAUUGAUCGAGCACCCUGACUAUACGUAUAGUCACGGUGAUCUAGUUUUCAGGCUUCAUAAAGGGCAGAAUUUCGAAGAUACUGAACAGUUUUAUAGCAAUUGUCACCUAGCUCGCAUUGGGACCGUGAUUGGCUUCAAAAACGGCGUCGUUGAAGUGAAAUGGGCUGCUGGUUUUACGUCUAAGGUUGCUCCUCAUGAGAUUUUUCGAGUGGAAAAAUCUGAGGGCAUAUCGGCUACACCAUUGCUCAAUAACGACAAUAUCGAACCAAAGCUAGAGAAGUCGGAACAUGAUAACCACACACCGGACUCGAGAGAAAAGAAUUUGUCGGAUUCCGACGAUGAUGAGAAGGAUUGCUUAAAGACGAUAUAUGAUUCUACUACUUUUAAUGUCUCACGAGCUGCUAUCGGGUUCUUAUCCAAUGUCGCUACACGUCUGUUUGGAUCUCCCCUAUACACAUCAUUGCCUGUUGCUUCAGACCAUGUUCCUGGAAACGGUCCGGUAUCUGGUUUUGACAGUGAGGAAGAUGAUCAGAUGUUCGUAGAGACAUCCACGGAGGCAGAAUUCAAAGAAACGGAAGAGUCGAAGGGUGUUUCGGUUUCAUCGGCUACCAAGACUAUGAAAGAAAUUCGGCAAUUUGAUAUGGUCAACGACUGCUCGAACCACCAUUUCAUUGAUAGUCCUGGAAAGGGCUCGAUUUCGAGUCAGGUGAAGAAAUGUUGGCUAAAGAAAGUUCAGCAAGAAUGGAACAUUCUGGCGAACGAUCUUCCAGAAACAAUAUAUGUUCGUGUCUUCGAAGAACGGAUGGAUCUAAUACAGGCCGCGGUGGUUGGGGCACCGGGAACUCCGUAUCACGAUGCCAUUUUCUUCUUCGACAUUUUCCUUCCUUCGGAAUAUCCUCACGAGCCUCCGAUGGUGCAUUACAACUCUGGUGGGCUUCGAGUCAACCCAAAUCUAUACGAGUCGGGAAGGGUGUGUCUUAGCCUUCUUAACACAUGGACAGGCACCGGAAGCGAGACGUGGAACCCUAACGGGUCCACGAUUCUUCAAGUUCUGCUCUCUCUUCAGGCUUUGGUCCUUAACAAGAAGCCGUAUUUCAAUGAAGCCGGCUACGAUCAGCAGGUCGGAAGUAUCGAAGGGGAAAAGAAUUCGUGUAGCUACAAUGAGAAUGCGUUUCUCAUGAGCUGUAAAUCGAUGCUAUAUAUACUUCGCAAGCCACCUAAGCAUUUUGAGGCGCUCGUGGAGGAGCACUUCCGCGAACGCUGCAUGCAUAUCUUGAGGGCUUGUAAGGCCUAUCUCGAAGGGGUUCCAAUAGGGUGUGCGUUUGGUAGCCAACCCGUUGAGCUCGAAGCUCAGAAGGGUAAUUCUACCGGUUUCAAGAUCAUGCUCGCAAAGCUCGUCCCUAAACUCGUGGAAGCAUUUACAUCAAAGGGUUUUGAUUGCGCAAAUUUAGUAACUUGGCAUGGUAAGUAAUCAAAUAAUAUAGCUAGCGUGCAAGAAGGACGACAUCUGUGCAAAAAUAACGUUCUAUAAGGUAAUCAACUAUUUGCCCCAAAUAUACGACUAUAAUAGGGAUGUGAUGUGUGAUGUGUGAUGUGUGAUGUGUGACGUGUGAUAUGUAAAAUAUAGGGUUUCUGCUGUUUUUCAAUUUGGAGUUUUAACAGUUUGUAACAUUUUUACCUUGUAACAUAUUCGUCAAUAAUAACAAGUGCGGUUGGUUUGUG